AUGCCUACGCCAUGCGCCAUUACUCUCAAAUGCCCAAAAGUCCCAAACCCUCCAGGCUCCAGCCCACCGAUCCGUAUCAAAGCCGUCUUCCAAUUGCAAGAUAGUCGCGAAGAAAUCUAUACUGGGAUCAUGUUCGAAUACCUGCCCGCGAAAAUCGCAACAAAAACAGCUGUGAUAGCUACCACGAUAUCGGAUGCUUCACCGGUGAUUGUGUCCAACUACAACGGUGUUAGUGUCCGGCAGGCCGAUUGCGGCUACCGGUAUCUUCUUCCGGUGAAGGUUGCUGACGAGCCUUACGUGUGGGAAGCGGGAAGGGCAACUUCGGCGGCGCUAAUGUAG